CCCCCAGGAAAACAAUGACAUAUUAUGCGGAAUCCCUUAAGUGGAGUUUGGAUGGUGACCCUGAUGGACAACCUAAAUUUUGCUGGUAGUGUUUAUCGUUUCUUUAUGCUGGUGCCUUUAAGUGUCGUAUUAACCAAAGUGGAUUAUGCAUUUAUUAUGGUAGUUAGGAGCAAAGAGGCGCGAAAGCAGCCUUGCAUUAUAGGAAAUGUUCCAAAUUGGGUGGAAUUCUGUGCUCAAGCAGCUGUGGCUGGUGACCUUUAACUAUCUCCAGACACUUCCAGCUCUCCUCAGAACGUGAAACCAUUACAAAACUAAUAAAACGACACAUCAGUGUCUGACGCCUUGAGAUGGUUUGAAGCUUGAAACUGAGUUACUGGAUGGAAGAACCAAGCUAAUACUGUCUCCAUAUGAGCGUAAAUCAAAAGUUUCUGUGAAGAUGGAAAAUAAGAUCAAGAUUGCAAAAUGUCCUUUAAGAAUAAAACAGACUGGACACGUUCUAAAAUCAACACAGAAUUCUCACAUUGGGAAUGAAAACAGUUUUCAAAAGAAGAUAAUUAGUUCAGAAACUUCACAGGCAAAAUAUGAGAAAAAUAGAUCGACAUUUUCACCUUCUAAGGACUUAUGUCAGCAGUAUACAGAAAAAGACUGUCUUCAUUUCCAAAAACAGUCUUCACCCGCAGCCUGUAAUACACAGAAGACUAUAAACGCCACAGAUAAAUGCCUAGUGGCUAAACAGAAGUCUUGCAAAACACAGGCCACCGAAAACAUGGACAGCAGCAUGGUGUGUCUAACACAAGACCAACUACGGCAGAUUUUGAUGAGUGUAAACCAAGGAAAUGGGCCUGUGCCCCUAACUGAAAAUGGAAAGGAGGAAACAAGUCAAGAUAGUUUACAUUUAAUCAAUAUUCCUAGCCAGCCAAAGGAUGUGAAUGUGCAGAAAACGGAGGCUGUUUCAUCUGUCUCAGAUGGAAAUAAGUAUGUCUUCAGUAGAACUCAAGAGGCUUUUCAACAGUGUGAGCAGAAAAUUGCCAUAAAAAAUGAGUGGAAGCCAGCUGAUAUAUUCAGUACUCUGGGGGAACGGGAGCGCGACAGAAGUUUGUUGGAAGCAAGAAGAGCGCAGUGGAAAAAAGAGCUAGAUGAACAGGUUGCUUUAAAGAAGAAAGAGAAAGAAGCUUCUCAAAAAUGGAAUAAUCCUUGGAAAAACUCUGAAAUAACAUGUGAGAAGCUUCAAACCCUUGACCAAUCUAAGGAAGCAGGGCUGCCGGAGUAUUCUUGCAGCACUGUCAAACAGGAGCAGCAGAGAAAAUGGAUUGAAGACUUGAGUAAACAAGUAGAAGAUGACCAGCAAAGGAAAACAGAGGAAAAAAUGAUAUAUUCCAAGGGUGAGGAACAUGACAGAUGGGCAAUGCAUUUUGAUUCGUUAAAGAGUCUUCCUGGGUCUCAGUCUCGGCUGUCCUGUCAGUUAACACAGCAACACCCGGAGUCCUUUUGUGUCUCUCCUGACACUCAGGAGCUGGCCGAUGUCAACAGCAUUUACACACCUCUGCCUGGCAUCCGGGUGGAACCUUCCGAGGAGGAACAGAGAGCCAAACCCGUUCCGGAUGUGGCUGCAUCACACAGUCAGAAAACAAACUUUCUCCGUUCUAUGACUGCACUCUUGGACCCAGCACAGAUUGAAGAGCGGGAAAGACGCCGGUACAAGCAAUUAGAACAUCAGAAAGCAGUCAUGGCUCAGGUGGAGGAGAACCGCAGGAAGAAGCGGCUGGAAGAAGAACGACGAAAGAAGGAAGAGCAGGAGGAGGAGCAGCGCCUGGCCCGGGAACGGGAGGAGAUGCAGAGGCAGUAUGCGGAGGACACGCGUAAGCAGAAGCAGAAAGAAGAAAUGAUGACACUAAAGACGAAUGAGCUAUUCCACACAAUGCAGCGAGCUCAGGAGUUGGCACAGAGACUGAAACAGGAGCAGAGGAUCCGAGAACUGACUCAGAAAGGCCAUGAUGCCUCCAGGCUGAUUAAAAAUCUUGGCUCACAAACGGAUUACAAGGCAUCCACUAACAUUUCCAGUUCAAGAAGAGGUGCUGAGGAGGCUGCUGAUGAAACAAGCGUGGCUACCAUUUCCCCUGCCUCUCCCAAGAAGGAUGCUGGCGUGCAGACAGAUGACUUCAGUUUAGGAAUUUUCAACAAUGCACUACCACACUGUGAAUCACUAACAGAGAGAGACAUUAGAAACUCUUCAUCUCCAGAGAUUUCUGCAGAAUUUAAUGGACAGAUUAGCACUAAAAGAGACAAGCAAGAACUAAGUAUGGAUAAAGGCACUAAUUUAGACAAAGAAAACAGCUGGUAUAACCAGUGUAUUCAGUAUAGAAGAACAGAGAAACAAAAACUUACGAAGAAAUGUCCUAAAAAGCCUGCUUGGAAUAUAAAUAAGCCUCUCAAACGGUAUGUUCCUGCAUCAGCAAAGUACCCUGUCCAUCUCCAGAGGGAGAAAGAAGAAAAAAAGGUGAGACGGCAGAUGGAGCUGCUUCACCUAUUAGAAAAAAACCACCCUGAGAACCUCUCCCAAAAUAGGCACACUUCACCAGAAGUUGCUUCAUCUCACCAAGAAACAGAGUCAGAGAUCAGGUUGCAUCUAAGCAAAAAGGUAGAAGAACCUCUGAAAACUCCUUCAGUUAUUAAAGAAUGGUUUCAGUCAUCAUCAGCAGUAAAGAGUAGAACUCAACAAACUCAGACUAAUUCAUUACACUUAUCACUAAAAAAUAGUGACUUUGAAAAAGAGAAUCCGACCUUAGGAGAUGGUCAAACCAAAUUAUCAGAUGACAUGUCUGAGAUACCUCAUUUUAUUCCCUACGUUCGAACAAAUGAGAUCUAUUAUCUUGAUCCGGAUGCACCUUUGUCUAGGCCUUCAACUCAGGACUACCAAUACCAAAAAUCUCAUGAUUGUGGCCAACAACAAGAACAAUUUGACUCUGAACAUACCAGGGAUCCACUUCUUAAUCCUAAAUUGGUGAAAAACAGGGAUCGACAGCAAGCUAUCCUUAAGGGGCUUUCAGAACUAAGACAGGUUGGCUAUACACCUUCACUCAACUAUCAAUGUGAUUACAGGGUCUUCUCCAGAAACAAAAGGAGUUGGAAACGAACAUCAUACCCUAACUACAAACCAAGAAGAUAACUUUAGUUCUUCGUUUUAAAUAUGCUAACCCUGCAACUGCAUUUUCAAGCACCCAAUGAGAAACUUAACAUGUAGUAAAAUGCUGUAUUUUUUUUAAAUGCAAUAAAACAGUUUAUAGUAAAAAAGAAAAAAGAAAAAAAAUCUGUCAUACUAGGGUGUAAAAGUACUUUCUACUUACCACAAUAGAGUCUGGAUAUCCCUGAUCUGUUAACAGUGUUGCUCAUUUGUUCUGUAAGAAGUUCUCUUAGGGCAUGGGAAGUACUAUUAACACACUGAGCUUGACUCUUACUGAAAUAACUCAAAUUCAUUUUAGAAUCCUGUGGUUUUUCUUUUCUGUAAAUUUUGUUUUCAUUGUAUUAAAAGCGGAGAUGCCCCAGUUUUACAUAACAACAGAUGUUAUAUAAGGGCUUGAAAUUUUUCUCCGCCAUACAGUUUUUGUAUAGAUUUAGUAUAGCACUAAAGUGCCUAACUAGUUUUAGACCACCUCUCAAAGAUCUAUUCCAAAUUAUCCAAUGCCAUUGAAAACCAAAGCCCCAUUUUUUAAAAGUUCAUUUGAUUGACUACAGAUCACACAAAACAGUAUUACCAAGGAUCUCAAAAAGCUGACCAAAAUUUGAGUGAAGCUAAAUUUUUACAUAGUAAACCUAAAGACAGAGAAAAUGCUACUUGGUAUUAUAGACAUAGGUUUACUACCUAAAAUGCAACUGCACUGUAGGUAUAGCUUGAGGUACUGAGCCAAAAUCCUGUAAAUAUUGACACUGCUGGCUUAUACCUGUGUAAAAACACUAUACAAAAGCUUUAAUCAAAAUAAAUAAUUGACAUUUCAGCAAAUUUAGUUAUCUGACAUUAAAGUCAUUACUAUUUACCAUUCUUUUAUAAACAUCAAAUUUUACAUAUAAAACAGACUUCAAUUUGAAGUCGCAGUACAGGUAACAUAUAAAACUGAAAGGUGCCAACAUGAGAUAAUCUGAUUACAAUAUGUCCCAAAAAUAUAUUUUAUUUCAACUUUCAGAUGUUUCAAAUGGUAUAGGCCACCAUGAUUUAUAAGUGGGGAAAAAAAAAUAAAACAUUUCAGAAAGGUUAGGAAACUUGUUUAAAUUUUUAAAUCAUCAAUUCACUUUAAACACUUUUAAGAAACUGAAAAAGUCCACAACAACUUUUUUUUUUUUUUUUUGAGUCACUGUAAUUUUAUCUUUGGACACUUCCUCAACUUAAUGGAGAUUUCUCUCUAUCUGAGUUUUUGUAAACAGAUAAAAAAUAAUUUUCAUUUUCUUGAGAUUGAGUUGAUGAAAGUGUAUAUGGUGUCCCCAGAAACGUCUGAUGAGUGAGAACAUUAAAAUGACUAAACUGCUGGGACAUUUUUAAUUGAUUUUGAUAAGCCUGAACGUUGCUAUAUGAAUCUUGUUCUGCUGAAUUGCUGUUCUCUCCUUCAGAGCAUACUCUAUCAAUAGAAGCUCUCUCUUCACAAUCAAUUUGGUAAGUCUUAUCUUCUAAUAGAUUGUUUUGCACGUCAAGAGAUGACUGCAAUUCAAUUUGAAUAUUCUUUUUUUGAUCUGUUCCACUUGAUCCUUUGGUUUCUCUCGCCAAUAUUUCUGAAUGAAAACUGCUGAAUACUUCUAUAUGUGAGAUUUCAUCCCCUGAAUCCAGAGACAUAUCCUCUUCAUCCUUUUCAUCGUUUUCUAAAAGAGCUACAUUUAAAAAACAAAAAGCCCUCCUCUAUUGAAAUACACAUUUGUUUAGUGUGUAAGAUUAUACACUACUCACACAACAUAGUGCGUCAGGUCUGCAAAGUCCACAAUCCCUUACAGCUUGGUCUUCUGCCACAAGUUCACUUAGUCCCAACACUCACACUAUGUGAGUGUCCGGAUAAUCCGAUGCUAAAAGCUUCUGCGAAAUGUGUUCACGUUUAAUGUUGGGAAAUCCCAACUCCCAGCUCCAAAGGGGUUAAUGUCAAAACAGCAUCUAAAGUUAUACGGUAAUUCAGUAUUUCAUAAGACAAAUAUAAAAUAAAACUUCUGACAUGUAGCUUCACUGAAUUACUAAACUGGUUAGCUCUACUGAAUGCUUGUCAUCUCUGCUUUUUGCCGAAAAUAAUUUGAGAACAGCUUUUACACUCUAGAACCAAGCAGAGGCCAUCUCACAGAAGACUGAAGGUAAGAUAUCCUCACUACCCUGUAUUCAACUAGCACAUACAUCUGAAGACCUUUUGUAGCCCAACAGUCCCUCUAUCUGCUUUCCUUAAAAACUGACAGCAAACAACAGGCAAUAAAGUUUAUAUACCCUCAGAGGGAAAAAUAAUCCUGUAAGUAUGUGCUGUCCACAGAACAGAAGAAUGAAUGCAUAGCCUGUGCUAACAACUUGUACUGACUACAGUCUAAUAAAUGAGCAGAUCUUGUAUAUACUAAA